UCUUGGUUAUGUCAGUACUGCAGAAAAGUUUAUCAUAGUUCCAAUUCCUCAAUUUUCUUCCACUAAGAAAAUGGCCAACAAUGGCAUUCUAACACUGGGAUUCAUAAUGUGUUUGUGCACCCUUUUCUUAAGUGCAAAUGGUUUUUCAGCAGAUUCUGGAUGGUCAAGUGCUCAUGCCACAUUUUACGGUGGAGCUGAUGCUUCUGGCACAAUGGGGGGUGCUUGUGGAUAUGGAAACUUGUAUUCAACAGGGUAUGGAACAAGGACAGCAGCAUUGAGCACUGCAUUGUUCAAUGAUGGAGGAUCCUGUGGCCAAUGCUACAAGAUCAUCUGUGAUUAUAAGGCAGACCCGGCGUGGUGCAAGAAGGGAGUGUCUGUUACAAUUACAGCUACAAACUUUUGCCCACCAAAUUACAAUCUUCCUAGUAACAAUGGAGGCUGGUGCAAUCCCCCUCGUCCUCAUUUUGACAUGGCUCAACCUGCUUGGGAAAAGAUUGGCAUUUACAAAGGAGGCAUUGUUCCUGUGCUCUACAAAAGGGUUCCUUGCAAGAAGAAGCAUGGAGUUAGAUUCACAAUCAAUGGAAGAGACUAUUUUGAACUAGUCUUGGUAAGCAAUGUAGCAGGGGCUGGAUCUGUUCAAUCUGUUCAAAUCAAAGGCUCAAACACAAACUGGUUGUCCAUGUCUAGGAAUUGGGGAGCAAGUUGGCAAUCCAAUGCAUAUCUUGAUGGACAAUCUAUAUCUUUUAAGGUCACUACCACCGAUGGUGUCACAAAAACAUUCUUAAAUGUUGUUCCAGCUGGUUGGAAAUUUGGACAGACAUUCUCAAGCCACACUCAGUUCUGAAAUACAGAAAAUGCUCAAAGAAUAUGAUUUUAGAGUUCUUGGGUUCUUAGGCAGCGGCGUGCUUACUUUUUACAGAAAGCAGCCCGCCCAUUUUUCUUUUGCUUUUAUUCAGAUAUAUAUAUUAUUGGAGAAAGAGAAUCUCAAGGAGGAAUUGAAGAUUAAUUCUGGCCGAGUGGCUUGACUAUUGUGGAGUUGGUGGUCUGGUCCAAAUAAAGCUGGUGAAUAACAGAAAACAAUUACGUAUUGGUUUAAGUAGGGCAGUUCAUAAUUUUGCAUUUUACGAUAUGAAAGGAUGAAUAAGACAGUUGCAUAAUUAUACUUUUGAUUUCCCCUUUCCUGUAUUCUUGUAAUAUGACCAUUUUCUUGUAAUACAUCUUGUACCAAAUAUUCCUGUU